AUGACUGCAGAAUUCAUGCCUGUGUACUUGGCACUUUUCUUUGGAUUAUCUUAUUCUCUUAAACUUUUAUGGAUCUCCAUUUUUAAACAAAAGUCUACAGAUUUGCAGUUGCCUAAGGGGAACAUGGGGUGGCCGUUAGUCGGAGAAACACUCGCUUUUCUUAAGCCUCAUAAAUCGAACUCCAUUAGCAACUUUAUACAAGAACAUUGUUCCAGAUAUGGGAAGGUUUUUAAAUCCCAUCUUUUUGGUACUCCAACAAUAGUUUCAUGUGAUCUUGAACUGAAUAUAUUCAUUCUCCAAAAUGAAGAGAGGAAUAAAGUCUCGUCAAUAGGAUUUGGAGUACAUGAUAUUCUUGGAAAAUUAUCAAUGAUGCUUAUAUCAGGAGAACUACACAAAAAGUUAAGAAGCGUUGCAAUUAGUUUUAUUAAUGUUUCGAAGUCGAGCCAUGAAUUUCUUCAUUAUGUGGAGAAGUUGUCGGUCUCGUUGAUCGGAUCCUGGAAAGAAGAAAAGCGGAUUCUCUUCUUUAAAGAGGCCAAAGAGUUUACGUUGUAUCUGAUGCUGAAAAAUCUGCUUAAUAUGGAGCCUGAAGAUCCUCUUGCUGUGAGAAUUUUUGAGGAUUUUCUUACCUUUAUGAAAGGGUUUGUUUCUCUUCCUCUAUAUAUUCCAGGGACUGCUUAUGCCAAGGCUAUCAAGGCUAGAACAAGAAUUUCAUCAACUUUAAUGGAAGUGAUAAAAGAGAGGAAAAAAAUUGGUGCAGGGCAAGUUAAUGGAGACUUUUUAGAUGAAAUCUUGACGAAAGAAUGUUUAAAUGACGAGGAAAGAGUGAGUGUUUUGCUGGACCUUCUUCUAGCUGGUUAUGAAACCACUUCGGGACUUAUGGCCCUCGUCGUUUACUUUCUCGCACAAGCUCCAUUCGCCCUUCAACAACUCAAGGAAGAACACCAAACCAUAAGAAAGAGAAAGAAGGACGGAGAGGCAUUAAAUUGGGAAGACUACAAGGAAAUGGAGUUCACUUCUUAUGUAAUUAAUGAAGCUUUGCGUUGUGGAAAUCUAGUCAAAUUUGUGCAUAGGAAAGCUGUCAAAGAUGUCGAAUUUAAAGGUUAUCUGAUUCCGGCGGGGUGGCAAGUUCUCCCAAUCUUCUCUGCAACACAUCUUGACCCAACUCUUCAUCACAAUCCUUUCGAGUUCAAUCCUCAGAGAUGGACAGAUCCCGCAACAAGCAAAAAAGUGACGCCAUUUGGUGGCGGGUUGCGGCAUUGUCCGGGGACGGAACUAGGUAAACUAGAGACGGCAUUCUUUCUACACCAUUUUGUGCAUAAUUUUAGGUGGAAAGCGAAAGAAGAAGAUUAUCCAAUGUCGUGCCCUUACAUGGAAUUCAAAGGGGGUUUGGAACUGGAGUUGGAGCUAGUUCAGAAGAAUAAAGGCUGA